AUGAUUCCAAGCCACUCUCCAUCACAACCCCGAAAAGGUAUCUGGUCAGGAGAAGGCGAGAAACUCCUUGUUUCGCUUGCCACUGCUCUUAUUGCUGUACAGGUGCUAUUCCUCGCCGAUAUCUCCUAUUUAAAUGGAACACUUUAUCACGAAGCAGAGAGAGUUCACAAUCUGAGGAUACUCAUGGUAGACUAUGAUCACGGUUCCAUUGGACAUAGCCUCCGCUCAGCAGCCACUUCUCUUCGAGCCGAUACGUUUCCGUCCGUCGAUGAGCAUAGCACAACUGAUUAUGCGAAGGUCUCCGACAUCAGACAUGCUGUUCUCGUUGGAGAAUUUUGGGCCGCGAUCUACAGCAAUCCUGGAGCCUCGAAUAGGUUGAAUGAAGCCUUGCGAAGCAACGAUACUACGGCAGAAUACAACGCCAACGACGCGUUGACUUUCGUAUACAACGGAGCUAGAUAUGCUUCCACCAUCCAAGGCUACAUCGAGCCAAAUCUUCGAACACUCGUGUCCGAGACGGAAGCCAUAUAUCAGGAAGACAACGGAUCGCGGAACCUGGAGAUUGCCCUAAGAAACACAAAAGCUGCUUCUGCACUGUUUCAUCCUAUCGCCUCGACCACCUUGAACAUCAAAGAGACAGUGCAAGGUGCAAGAACCAUCUACAACACAAUCGGACUAGUCUAUCCAAUCCUGAUGCAGUUCUUCUUCGUCUUGGCACUCAACAUCCUCUGUGGACAGAGAAGAUUGUUCGGCCGCUGGUCUCUUGCCAGAAAUUGCUCUUUCCGAAGCGCCAUCGCACUUGUAUACACUUUCAUCGGAGCAGUAUGCGCCAGCGCCCUCGUCUUCGGCUUUCAGGACGGCUGGGAUCUCAGCGCGGGCCAGUACUUUCUUGCAGUACUGGUUUACUGGCUAUACAUGCACGUCGACUUCUUGUACACCGAUGUUGUGACUGCAUUUGUUCCCAUCAAGUUUGUUCCGUUCUUCAUUUUCAGCUUCGUCAUCUUCAAUGUUACUAGCCUAUUGGUCCCAUUUGAGUUGUCGCCUGUAUUCUACCGGAUCGGGUAUGCUGCUCCAGCCCAUGAGGCCUAUCAGAUCUUGAUACAGAUAUGGUCAGGUGGGAAUCACCGUCUGCAUCAGGCUCUACCAAUUCUUUUCGCGUGGGAGGUUUUCUUGACGCCAUUGGCCAUCUUUGGGAUGCGUCGCAGAUGCCAUGCUGCAGCUCAGAUGGCAAAAGCGGGAUGAUGAAGAUGAAAAUGGAGAAAUCGGGAUGCAAGUAUGAGUAAAGAGUGGCUGCUGUCUCGAUGUAUGCGUGAAGUCCGUCCUUCACUCACCCUUCUCAUCUAAAAGUCCAUACUCCUUCAAUUUCACGACGCUUGCAGGUGGACCUUUCCAUUUGAACAGUAAGGUACCAACUCCGGACCAAUAGAUCGCCGCGACAAGAAUUCUUAGUACCCAAACACCCCUCGUCGACUGAGGAUGAAUCAAAUGUGGCAUUGCAGGCGGCAGCUUCUGGGCAUUUGCGACUAGAGGAUGCAUAGCUUCUUCGUACGCUUCGAAAGCUUGGG